UAAUGCAAACAACCUCGAAUGAUAUCCACCCCAACUCCCAACUCGUAUCGUACGGUUCCGUCUUUACCGCUAUUUACCAUCCCCUCAACCCUCCUCACCAGCCACCACCACCACCACCUCAUUGUAUUUUUCUCAAAGUUUUGUUUCUUCAGAUUCCUUCUACUUUCUCUCUUCGAUUGAUCUCUCAAUCAACCACCACAAAUGGCACUCGCUAAGCUUAGCCAUAGAUUCUUCAAGUUCAGGCCUUCCCAUCUCUAAUCUUCCCUUCAUUUUUCUCUUUCACUUUCCACUUCUCUCCUUUGCUUUCCCCCACUCACUCGAGAAAAUUCUAGUACUAAAUUUUCCAGGAAAAAAGUUUCUUUAAUCACUCUCCUUCUGCUGUCAAAUCCAACCUCAUCACUCACUACUACUUCUAAUCUUCAAAUGUUUGCUAGGAACUACGACUUCUCUCGCGCGGUUGUGGAGAUGGCUUCGAUUAUGCUUAGGAUUGACUUCUCGAGGCUCUUUUGGAUCCUAUUCGGCGUGUUUUCCUACGAAAAUCAUGAGGGGAAGCCUCGGAUUUAGAUUCUUACAUUGCUUUCUCUUCUCUGUUUGAUUUCAUUUGUAUUGCAUAAUAAGAAUCGAAUAAUAACCUAUUUUGAACACUCGUCUCAAACAUGCACAAAGGAGGCAGGUUUGUAGAGCGUUGCGAUGAGCACAGAUCUGAUCGUGAUUGUGCUGAAACCGAUCCAACUCGACGCUAUGUUCGUUUUGAAGAAGUUCUUGGAAAAGGGGCAAUGAAAACUGUGUACAAGGCAAUUGAUGUUGUUCUUGGAGUUGAAGUGGCAUGGAAUCAGGUAAAACUUAAUGACUUGCUCCAGUCAGCAGAGAACUUACAGCGGCUAUAUUCAGAGGUUCACCUCCUCAGCACCCUUGAUCACAACUCAAUCAUGAAAUUCUACACAUCUUGGAUUGAUGUUGAUCAAAGAACCUUCAAUUUCAUAACUGAAAUGUUUGCUUCAGGCACCCUCCGACAAUACAGGAAAAAGUAUAAGCAAGUACACAUCCGUGCCAUAAAGAAUUGGGCCUGCCAAAUACUAGCGGGCCUUGUUUAUUUGCACAGCCAUGAUCCUCCCGUGAUCCAUAGAGACAUUAAGUGUGAUAAUAUCUUUGUCAAUGGCCAUCUUGGCCAAGUGAAGAUUGGUGAUCUGGGCUUGGCUGCGAUUCUACAUGGUUCUCAGACAGCACACAGUGUUAUAGGCACACCAGAGUUCAUGGCACCAGAACUAUAUGAGGAAAGUUACAAUGAACUAGUUGAUGUCUACUCAUUUGGUAUGUGUGUUUUGGAGAUGCUCACAUCUGAAUACCCAUAUAGCGAAUGCACCAACCCAGCACAAAUCUACAAGAAAGUGACAUUGGGAAAGCUGCCAAGAUCAUUCUAUAAACUUCGAGACUUGGAAGCGCAAAGAUUCAUAGGCAAAUGCUUAGAAACUGCUUCAAAGAGAUUAUCAGCGAAAGAGCUAUUGCUCGAUCCAUUUCUUGCAUUUGAUGAAGAAGAAUUAUUGGCUGCAACAAAAGUUGGAUGUCAGAAGCCCUUUUUGAAUGACAACAUAAGAAUUGAGGAACUCAAGCUUAGCAGAAAUCCAUCACGGACCAACAUGACUAUAACAGGAAAGCUAAAUCCUGAAGAUGAUACAAUCUUUCUGAAGGUGCAGAUAGCUGAUGAAGGAGAUUCUGUUAGGAAUGUAUAUUUCCCCUUUGACAUUGCUAGUGACACACCAUUCGAUGUUGCAACUGAGUUGGUGAAGGAGUUGGAGAUCACCGAUUGGGAGCCCUUUCAAAUUGCGGUAAUGAUUGAUGGAGAGAUUUCUGCACUUGUACCACAUUGGGAAAAAUGGGGCCAGCCUCAAUCAGAUCACUGCCCCGUACAAUAUCAAGAGGAUGAUGAUGGGCACCAUCAUCGCUUUUACUGUUUCUCCUCUUGUUCAUCAUCCCAAGUGUCACUCUCUGCAUUUAUUGCUUCCUCCAAGAUGGGAGAAAGGACUCAUGGUUGUGAUUGGCUCCAGGAUGACUUGUUUGAUGAAACCAGCUCUCAAAGUUCUUUGCACUCAGGGAAAUAUUCGGACUUGAACUACUAUUCUGGUGAGGAACAUGACUCUGGUAAGAGCCCCAAAAUACGAGAUCAGCAGUACUCAAAUGCAAACGCGCACAAGUCUACUAGGUUCUGUCCAGAAGAAAAUUCUAGCACCAGGCAAUCCCGGGCUAGAAAUUGUCACAGGCAAUGCAAAGUUUUGCUCAAUUCACAAGAAGCUUUGAAAUCUAAAGUUGGAUGGCUGAUGGACAGCUGUAGAUUAACAAGGAACCAAUCUCUCGUCGAUAUACAUAGCCAGGUGCUGCACCGGUCAUUGGUGGAAGAGGUGAACAAGAGACGGUUGUUCAAGACAGUUGGUGCCGUGGAAAAUAUUGGGUUUCAGGAACCUUGUGAGCUUUCUGACAAGGCAUCACGACCAGUGGGAAGUUCUUAUUCUCUGAGAACUAGAAAUGAUGGUAAGAGGGAAGGACAUAAAGGAAGAAGAGCUUAAAUUAUCAGCUUUAUGAAUCUAGGAAUUAUACGGGACGUAGUACUGGGUUGUGCAUGUAUCUCCGAUAGUGUAAAUAUUUGUUUGCGUCAGAUCAGAUGUGAUAAUAUAGUGUAGGCAAUAAAACCAAGGGUAAUAAAGAGAGUCAUCCCAGUACCGAAGAUGACAGGGUGAGAUCAACCUUGACGUUAUAGGCUUUAUUCAAUUCGUGGUGAAAUGCUGCAUCGAGAGCUUGUCUUAAACUUCAACGAGGAUGGAUAACUUGGUAUUUCUGUAAGAUACUUUUCUCCCUUGUCUUAUUUUAGUUUCUCUUGUAAUGAAUGAAGGACAUAUAUGUAAGUUUCUUGGCUGUCACAGCAUAAUAUAUAUAUUCUAGCAGUUGAGUCCGAUAACA